UCACCAAACCAAUCAUAUUUCUAUCCUAAUAAUUCUUCAACCUUACUCCAUAUGUCUAAAUAUCUAUAUCUAAUCUAAAAUCCCAAAUAAAACCCAGAUCCAAAAAUUUAUCAUAUAUAUAUAUAUUUUUUCCAUUCAACUGAGAGUUCGUAUAUCCAAAUAAAAUGGGUGUCUUAUCUUGGCCUUCUGAUUCUGAGUUGGAAAAAAUUAAGAAGAUAGUUGCUGAAAUGGCCGGGGUAGCUGUUAGUGUGGUCAGAAUUGUUGUAUCUCCAUACAGAAUUUGUCCAUUGGGUGCGCAUAUUGAUCAUCAGGGUGGAACAGUUUCUGCCAUGACAAUUGACAAGGGUAUAAUUCUUGGAUUUGUGCCUUCUGGUGAUUCUCAGGUAUUACUUAGGUCUGGACAAUUUAGUGGAGAAGUUUGUUUCAGCGUUGACCAAAUUCAGCUUCCAAAGCAUAUUGACAAGUCAAUUGGCAAUGACAUUCCAUCAGAUACAGAAGAAUGUAAGUGGGGAAGCUAUGCAAAAGGAGCAUUGUAUGCGCUACAACGUGGAGGGAACCAUCUAAAACAGGGGAUCACUGGAUUCAUUUGUGGCACAGAGGGUCUUGAUAGUUCAGGUUUAAGCUCGUCUGCUGCUGUUGGAAUUGCUUACCUCUUGGCUCUAGAAAAUGCAAAUAAUCUUACUAUAUCUCCUACAGAAAAUAUUGAGUAUGAUCGGCUAAUUGAGAACGAAUAUUUGGGUCUGAAAAAUGGCAUAUUGGAUCAGUCAGCAAUAUUGCUUUCGAGUUACGGCUGUUUAACUUGUAUGGAUUGCAAGACCAAAUUACACAAUCUUAUACACCCACCUAAAGUUGUGGAGAAAAAUGCUAAAGCAAAAGUUCCUUACAAGAUUCUAUUAGCAUUUUCAGGCUUAAAGCAGGCUUUGACAAGUAACCCAGGAUACAACCGGAGAGUUACAGAGUGUCGAGAGGCUGCAGAGAUCCUUCUUAAGGCCGCGGGAAAAGAAGCUGAGCCUAUUCUUUCGAACGUUGAACAAGAAGAAUAUGUGGCUCAUAAGUCCAAAUUAGAACCAGAUCUAGCCAGAAGAGCAGAACACUAUUUCUCCGAGAAUAUGCGAGUUAUUAAAGGACUAGAAGCAUGGGGUUGUGGCAAUUUUGAAGAGUUUGGAAAGCUUAUUUCAGCUUCUGGCUUAAGUUCUAUUCAGAAUUAUGAAUGUGGUUGUGAACCACUAAUACAACUAUAUGAGAUACUUCUAAAAGCACCCGGGGUCUAUGGUGCACGGUUCAGUGGAGCUGGGUUUCGAGGGUGCUGUGUAGCUUUUGUGAAAGCAGAUUAUGCAGAAAAAGCUGCUUCAUUAGUCAAAAAUGAAUACUCUAAACUUCAACCCGACCUGGCUCCCCAUCUUAACCAAGAAACAGCCGUUGUGAUAUGUGACUCAGGAGACUGUGCUCGAGUCAUCUGAGGCUGAGACGAACCUAUAAUUUCAUGAAUGAAUGCCCACAUAUGUAACUAAAGUAUGUUAUUUCGUUUAUUUGAUUUUUUUUGUAUCAUAAGCUACUACCACGAAUACUGCGCUGGAGUUUUAGAUUCAUGUACUAUUCUUUCUUUCCUUCUGAUAAAACGGCGAACCAACGGUGUUUACGAACAUUUCUAUCAAAUACCUGAUAUACUUGGAUACCCGAUACCAUA